AUGCUAUUGGCUAGAAAAGCUGGAGUCAUUGUGGUGCAAGCAGCAGGGAAUCAUGGUCCUUCUCCGUCUUCCGUGCUGUCUUAUAGUCCAUGGGUCGUAGGCGUCGCUGCCGGAAGUACGGACCGGUCUUAUCCUGCCUCUCUCAUCCUCGAUGGUGGCCAGACCGUUCAGGGCGUCGGAAUUUCAGUUUUUCUUCAUUUUGAAAUUAAAGGCCCAACUCUUGGAGCUCCUUUCCUUCGACACAGGCUAGUCUUAGCCAGAGACGCAGUUAGAACCAAUGGCUCUGUUCCACGAGCCAUAACCGGAGACGUGGAAGAAUGUCAACGGCCAGAUAACUUUGAUCCGGCGAAGGUUCUUGGAAGUAUUGUGAUUUGUAUGUUUUCGGAGGGCUUCUUCAAUCAAAUCUCGACAAUUCGAGCCAUCACCAAAACAGCGGCGACUCUUCGGUUCAUGGGUUUCAUACUCAUGGCCAACCCUAAUUUUGGUGACUAUGUUGCAGAACCAACGAUAUUUUCAUCUCCUGGUAUUCUAAUCCCUAAAGUACUAGAUUCACAGCUUAUUAUGAGGUACUACGAAGAGAAAACUUACAGAAACAGAGGAGGGGUAGUAACACAAUUUGGGGCACGAGCCAGGAUCAGUGAAAGCCGGAACUCAGUGUUUUCUGGAGAAGCACCGGUUGUGAGCAGAUUCUCGUCAAGAGGCCCGGCUUUUAUAGAUGCAAAUCAGAAUCCUUUAGAUGUCCUUAAGCCUGAUAUCCUUGCACCUGGUCAUCAAAUAUGGGGAGCCUGGAGCCUUCCUAGUGCCUUUGAUCUUACUUUCACAGGACGGAGCUUUGCAAUAUUGUCCGGAACCAGCAUGGCGGCUCCUCAUAUAGCGGGGAUUGCUGCACUGAUAAAGCAGCUUAAUCCUUCUUGGACCCCGGCCAUGAUUGCCUCCACCAUUUCCACCACAGCCACAGAGUAUGACAAUUCUGGUGAAAUUAUGUCAGCGGAGUCUUAUGAAAUCGAUGAACUGUUUCCCUCUAAUCAUUUUGAUCAUGGCGCUGGCCAUGUUAAUCCGACUAGAGCCAUAGAUCCAGGGCUAGUUUUACCCACAAGUUUUGAAGACUACAUCAGUUUCUUGUGUUCACUGCCAAACAUUAACCCGAUCACAGUUCGAGCCACAACCGGAGCCUUGUGCACCACCAAGCUUAGCCACCCGGCGAAUCUUAACCAUCCAUCUGUGACUAUAUCUGCGCUUAAAGGGCCACUUGUGGUGAGAAGAAGUUUCCAAAGCGUCUCCAACAAAACCGAGAGAUAUCUUGGCUCAGUCUUACCUCCCAAUGGUACAAUCGUACGGUUAAUCCCACCUUGGUUUACGAUAAGGGCACAGAAAAUCCAAGAUGUUGACAUUGAGUUCAAUGUCACCGAAGUCCUAAACCAGUUUACGUUUGGUGAAAUUGUUCUUACCGGAAGCUUAAAUCAUAUUGUAAGAAUACCAUUGACGGUUAAGACCAUCCCGUUAUAA